GGAGAUUAAAUACCUUUUUCCCUUUGCUCAGACAAUUUGUUAUGUUGAAAGAAAGUAAAGUUUAGAUGAGAGAGGUACAUUCAUGAAGAAACAUUUUAUCAAAUAAGUUGAACAAUAACGUCAAUAAUCAAUUGAAAACCCAAUCAGUAUUUACUCAACACGUUCCAAUAAAAUAUGUUUCCAAGUAAAUAUUUUGCAUCGAUAUUUAUUGUUUCAUAUUUUUUCAUCAAAUCUAGUGCAGGUGGAAAUCAUCAACCGAAUGGAUUGGAGCAAUUCUUCGAGGAUCAAACCAAUUUUUUAAUAAAAGCUAAAUUAAGUUACGAGGGAUCAGAAAAAGUGGAGUGGUUGAUAAAAGAGUCGGUGUUUGGCGAUGAAAAAAACAGUAUCGUUACAUCAAUAACCCAAGAAAGUGGAGGCAGCGAAAUAAAAGUGUUUCGUGAUUUUAAAACUCAAAUCAUUUCAUUGAUUUGCUUUCAAAAUAAUUGUGAUCGUUAUGAAAAAUUCUGGCAUCUCAAUUUGAAGGGUAUCUUUGAAUUGUUAGCUACAUUUUUCAAACAAAUAUUGUUGAUGGGGCCUUAUCGUAUCAUUUCAUAUUUUGCAAAUGAAACAACAAAUGAAGUUUAUAUUAAUGAUUGGGACAUUGAAGGUUUUAGCCAAUUCAAAUUUAAAUUUCGUUUUUCAGAUCCGAAUUCAAGAAUAUUGAUGAGAAGGAAAAAUUCUGGACAAAUCAAGUUAGAGGGCUUUAGCGACACAGGCAAUCACACCUCUCUUAUGGCUGUUUUAUCUAUAAUACAAAUUGAGCCUCUUCAAAGUUCAAUGGUACCUUUGCCAUUCAAAUAUAUUCAUUAUAAAUUCAAUGAAUCAAUCACUAGAUAUAAUGGAACAAAUACUAUAACCGCAAACACAACAAAUCAGCAUACCAUCACAUUAUUGGGUUCAGCUUCUUCGCUUAAGAUUAUUGGUGAACAAUCUUAUCGCGAAGUGAUCCAUGACUAUGAAUUUGGUUCGAAAUACAUUUCUUCUGGCUUCAAUGAAUGCACCAUGGAGUCGAUCAACAAAAAAAUUGAUUAUAUGACUUCAGAAAAAUAUGGAAUCGAAUUUGUAAAGGAGCUUUAUUUUCCUGAGAGUUACGUUGAAUCGUUCAGCAGCAAAUUGGGGAUAAAAGCUGAAUAUAAUAAGCUUGUUGAUAAUGUUGAGUAUGAUUUGGCUGUAACAACUUAUUCGAGGCCUGUUCUCGAGUUGUACGAGUCUUCCAGGAGUCGCAUGAAUAUUACUGAUAUACUCAAAGAUUUUUGCUUAUUGUUGAACCUUUAUUCAAAAUCUGGAUCACAUGAGCCGCAGUUUGAUCUCAUUGAGGUGCGGAAAAAAUGCUUCAUCGAUGUGCUGGAAUUAUCUGCGGAAGAUGAAUGGCUUCAAAUGAUAACAAAUAUGGAUAAUGCAUGUUUCAAAGACAGAAAUGAUAAAAUUAUUCUCCAUUUAAAGAUUUUAUUUUUAGAUCGUUCGGUUCCAAGAAAAAUUCGCGACUUUUCAAGCCACAUCCAGAAUAUUAAACAUGAAUUGCGAAGAAUGAUAAUGGAUAAGCUGAGCAUAUCCUAUUUAAGAAUCAACCAGAUCAAGUUGGACUUUUUUAAUGCAUAUACUAUUAUGGCAAAGGUUGAAAUUGUUGAGUCAUUUGUCACCCACUUGAAAACAAAAAUACAAGGAACUGCACUCAGAUUCAGAAUAAAAUCAACUGGAUCUGGUAUUUAUUCAUCAACCAUUGAUGAAUGUGUACGUCUACAAGGUUCUAAAGCCAAAAACAAGUUUAUUAUAACCUGUAAAACUGGAGACUAUUUAUGCCUUGGAAUCGAUCAUGAAAACUCAUUGCCAGCUGAAGAUACAAAUGGAUUGAACUGUAUGCUGUUCAACAUCUCAACAACUAACCUAUCGAUAGAUGUUUCUUUGAAAGAAAUACGAAAAUCUUAUCGCAAUUUGAAUGGAAGUCUAUUCUACGCCUUUCGUGGUUCUGCAUUUGUUGUUUUUGGUGUUACAGAUGUAAGCCCAGUUAAGCCUGCAUCAAACAUAUUUUCCAAAUACUUUUACUUGCUUACAAUUUUCCUGUUUACCAUUACGAUUAUAUUCUGUCUUAUUAUGAUACUACUCUGCAAACUGUGUAAACACAAAAUUCAUGUACUCGUUGAUUCAGUGUCACUUGAAGCAUUAAAUUCAAGAAAGUAAUUUUCCAAAGUAUUAAAAGUAAUAAAACAAAGUCAAACAAAAAAAUAAC